AUGGCGCAAGAUCCUAGGCUUAGCAACCUCCUGAAAUGGAGCAUCCAGAACCAGAGCGCGCCCGACGGCACCCCGCCCGAGACACGAACGCCCCUCGACCCGAGCCUAUUGGCGGCUCUAUUCGGCGGGCCAAGCGAGGCCGAGCUCAUGAAGACCGCCAUGGAAGCGAUCACGUCGGAGGACCCCGAGGUGACCUUGGAAUCGAAGCUUGUCGCCUUUGACAACUUUGAGCAGCUCAUCGAGAACCUCGACAAUGCCAACAACAUUGCCAAUCUCGCGGUCCAAAACAACAUCAAAAGCCAGGAGAAAUUUCUUGCCAUGAAUGGCAUCCCCAAGAUCAUUGACAUCAUCCUAGACGACAAGGAAGAUACGGCGGUCAGACGCAAGGCUAUCUAUGCCCUUAGCUCUGCGACCCGGAACUAUCAGGCCGCCAUGGAUCUGUGCACUGGAGAGCUAGAGAAGAGGGGAUAUACUCACGGCACCGUUGAUUCUAUGAAUAUGGAUGCGGUCGAUGUUGUCAUGAACUCCCUAAAAGAGAUUGCCGGAACGUCAUGA